CGGCGGCGAGCGGUUCCCGCCGGGGAAGGAGGAGGAGGAGGAGGAGGGAGAGCCAAAGAGGGCUGUGAGUGCGCGGGAGAAGCCGGGUGUGUGCUGGGCUUGACCGCGGGAGGGUGAACCGAGCGAGAGCCGAGCCAGCCGCGCGAGCCGCCGCCGCCUCCUCCUCCUCCCCUCGGCGCCCCGCCCCCGCCAGCCAGCCCGCCCCCCUCCCUGCUCAGCCUGCGGAGCCCGAGUGAGGCGCAGCUCCGCUCGCGCCGCUGUCCAGGACAGGUGUGCGCGCGCGCGCCCUCCUCCCCUCCCCUCCCCCCUCCCCGCGCCAGCCUAGCGCGGGCCUCGCGCGCGCGCCCUCCCUCCCUCCAGCCUGCGCCCUCCCUCACCUGCGGCAGGACAGCGCCCGCCCGCCCGCCCGGCCCGGAUCUCGCGAGAGUGGCUGACUGGCUGUGGGGGUUGCAGCGGCGGCGGCGGCGGCGGCAGCAGCAGGCGGAGCCGGGGAGGGAAAAGCAGCGGCGGCUGAGGCGACUGAGGCGGCGGGCGGAGCGGCAGGCGGCGGCGGCGGCGGCGGCGGCGCGGCGGAGCGCAGCAUCAUGGCGGACCGAGACAGCGGCAGCGAGCAGGGUGGUGCGGCGCUGGGCUCGGGCGGCUCCCUGGGGCACCCGGGCUCGGGCUCGGGCUCCGGCGGGGGCGGUGGUGGCGGCGGGGGCGGCGGCGGCAGUAGCGGCGGUGGCGGCGGGGCCCCGGGGGGGCUGCAGCACGAGACGCAGGAGCUGGCCUCCAAGCGGGUGGACAUCCAGAACAAGCGCUUCUACCUGGACGUGAAGCAGAACGCCAAGGGCCGCUUCCUGAAGAUCGCCGAGGUGGGCGCGGGCGGCAACAAGAGCCGCCUCACUCUCUCCAUGUCAGUGGCCGUGGAGUUCCGCGACUACCUGGGCGACUUCAUCGAGCACUACGCGCAGCUGGGCCCCAGCCAGCCGCCGGACCUGGCCCAGGCGCAGGACGAGCCUCGCCGGGCGCUCAAGAGCGAGUUCCUGGUGCGCGAGAACCGCAAGUACUACAUGGAUCUCAAGGAGAACCAGCGCGGCCGCUUCCUCCGCAUCCGCCAGACGGUCAACCGGGGGCCCGGCCUGGGCUCCACGCAGGGCCAGACCAUCGCGCUGCCCGCGCAGGGGCUCAUCGAGUUCCGCGACGCCCUGGCCAAGCUCAUCGACGACUACGGCGUGGAGGAGGAGCCGGCCGAGCUGCCCGAGGGCACCUCCUUGACUGUGGACAACAAGCGCUUCUUCUUCGAUGUGGGCUCCAACAAGUACGGCGUGUUUAUGCGAGUCAGCGAGGUGAAGCCCACCUACCGCAACUCCAUCACCGUGCCCUACAAGGUGUGGGCCAAGUUCGGACACACCUUCUGCAAGUACUCGGAGGAGAUGAAGAAGAUUCAAGAGAAGCAGAGGGAGAAGCGGGCUGCCUGUGAGCAACUCCACCAGCAGCAGCAGCAACAGCAGGAGGAGACCACCGCUGCCACCCUGCUACUGCAGGGUGAAGAAGAAGGGGAAGAAGAUUGAUCAAAAUGAAUGGAAAAACACACACACACAUACACACGCUCACACACACACACAUAUAUACAUACACACAGCCACACAGAAAAAAUAUACUGUAAAGAAAGAGAGAAAAUAAAAGUUAAAAAGCUAAAAAAAAAAACCACAAAAAAAAUAACUCUUAACUCCAAGGGAGCACCACCCACAGAACCUCCACCAACUGACAGUUUCUCUUCUUGACUUGCCACCCAUCGCUGGAUGUUGUCCACUUUAUCCACCAUAUAAAACAGUAAGCAGCUGCUAAAAACAAAAAAAAAAAACAAAAAAAAAACAAAAAGUAAUAACAUUAUAUGAACUGUGUUUCCUACUUGAUUAAAAAAUAUAAAGAACUGAGUGUUUAUUUCCCUAAUUAACCAAGAACUUUUGUACACAUUUAAGCUAUUAUUAUUAAAAGUGUUUGCAAAAUGGUCAAGAUUAUAAUAUUGCUGAAUUAUAUAAAAGUCCUUUUCAUGUUGAGCUAACAUUUGACUUUAGCACAAAGAAGAGAUAUUUUAGAACACGUAAAAUAAUAUUUUUAGUUUUUCUCAUUUUGUUACCAAAUUUCAAACCUUACAUGGAGGUUAUUAUAGUAUAUUUGACACCCUAUAUACCUGUGAUUAGAGAUGUGUAUAUAUAUAUGAGGGCUAGGCAUGCUGUGUGUCUGAGCUUUGUCUAAAUGUUAUGCAGAAGUUUGUAGAGUUAAAGGUACGUAGGUUUAAUUCAUGCAAGGUAAACAAUAAGUGCUCUCUUUUAUACAAUAUGCAUUGCAUCUGGACCUUAAACAUAAAAAUGGUCAGUGAAACUUCUGUGAACAUGAAGAAAUUAUUAAAAAAGGCAUUUAAAUGAAAUUUGCUAAGUUGUGAUUUUUAAUGGUUGGAACCAAAGUUAUUCAAAUAGUAAAAGGAAAAAGAGAAAGAAAAAAGAAAUCUCCCAUAUUUUUCUGCAUCUGUUUGCUUUGAGUAGGUGUUUUGUUAUUAUUGUGUAUAUGAGAUGUACUUGUAUCGUUCAUAAUAUAUUUUUUUUAUGUGUAGAAAGAUUUUAAAACUUAACUAACGUGCAGCAAUUUCCAGUGAACCUGUAUUUGGACAUCAGGUAGUGAGUCUGUUUGUGGUCACUAGCACUGUCUCCUAACCUUGUAAGAGGUCUGAAGCUAUCCUUUGGUUUUUGCCAGUGCUAUUAACUUAUGUAGACCUGUUAAAAAGCAGAGUAACACAAUUAUAGUUAUCCUACUGAGCCAUGGAUUCUGAGUUUCAUUUUAAAAGUGAAAGCCAAGUUGGUGUUUGUAAAGGAUUUCCAUGUAGCUGUGGUGCUAGUUAUUACUGGCUACAUUAUAUGCUAAGUGUAUUUGUGUUCCCCAAGUGUACAAGCCUUCUAUCAAAAGUAUGUUCUAUAACUCAUAUAUUCAAAGUGUUAGGGUAUAAAAAUGCAAGCUUAGGAGAGCACUUUACCAAGCUGGUGUCCUCCAAACUGAAAUUGUUUGUAACGAUAGUCUUUUACAGGUUUUCAUUUAAAGAUGUUUGUGUGCUUUUAAUUGACAACUAACUUCUUGCUGCUGUAUAGUAAAAUAUUAAUAUAUUUUUAUCAUUAAACUGCUGCAUGACUAUCAUCUUUGAGUGAAGAGAAAAUGUUAUAAAAAAAAAAAGAUGCCUUAAACAGUACAUUUUGGUUUGGAAUUCUGUAGAAAGUAUUUUGGUAAAAAAAAAAAAAAAAAAAAAGAAAAGAAAAAGAAAAAAAGGAUCUUUGAUCUUGUCUGACAGAGAGUUCUGGGGAAGGAGUUGUUUCUUGGCAAAUCCAGCCAUUAUAGAUCUAACUGCUGUAUGUAGAAGAAACACCUGUAGAGUGGGAAGGUAUCACUGCUUCUCACACUAUAAAGCAUUGGCCUAGGAAGGUGAAAUGGUUGUCUUUUUGAAGGAUUUUUUUUUUUUUUUUUUUGCUGGUUCUUUGGGUUUUGAGUUGAUAUUUUUUCGCUCCCUGGUUGAGUAUGUUGUCUUUGUUUUUGAGAUCUACUGUAUGUGUUGAAUAACAAGCUAUUUUCAUUGUACUGUGCAUUUUUUCCAUUGCUUUUACUAUUCAUACAAUGUUAAAUAUAAGGUGACCGUACAAUAGUUAGGAGUUUCUUUACUUACAAAAAUCACUGGAAAUGAUUAAAUUGCUUUCCCCCUCUCCCCAAAGGUGCGUUUUUUCUUAUUUCCAUAUAGUAAAGUUGAGCUUUUACAGUGCAUAAUGUGACAUUUGGAAUGCUUAUCAAUUGCAUGUAUACAUUAAUAACCUGCACUUUUUUGUCUUAAGGUUUGUUGAGCUGUUUUGUUCACUGUACUUUAACUGUGAUAUGGAAAAGAUUGCAUUCUCUGUGCUGUUGCUAAUUAGGAAAGAGAAUUGCUUUGAUUUUUGUCUCUUGUUUACUAUAGCUUAAAGUUAAGCCUUGUACUACAGGUUGUUGGAGUACUCUUAGAUCAGUGUUUCAUAGUAGCCAGCAAUAAGUAGUGCAAGUCAACAAAAACACAGCAAACUUAGGCAAAGUGUCCUUUCUUUGAGAUGUGAGUUCUUUCAAGAGGUUUUCUUUAGGGUCAGUUACCUAAAGUGAAGCCUUUCUUACCUAUAGACUUCAGAUUCUGCUUGGAAUCCUACCGGAUCAAGAAGCACAUAUAUUGUGCAGUUGUCUUUACACUAUUACAGUUGAACACAAUCUUACUAGGAUUUCUAAACCAUUGUCUGAUUUAUGGUCAGUGGGUUUUAAAAGAAAUCCACAUGCAGAUCUUUAAGACUAAGAAGUGAUCAUAGAAAAAAACUGAGUGACUGUAAAAAUGCUCUUUUUUUUUUUUUUUUUUUAAGCAUCUCAUUUUACCUCCCCAAUCACCCAACCUUCCCUUCUCCCCUCUCCUAUUUCAUCCUUCCACUACCUUUCCCCUCCCAGGUGCUCGGUACUUUACCAAGGUUCUAUAUCUCAGUGUUUUAUGUUAGUUUUUUCUUGUUUUUAUUUACUAGUUGGUAAACCCUGUUUGUGCUGACAAAUAAGGUAUAUUUGACCAUAUGUGUUAUUCAUAGAAGACAGUAUGAUCAAAUGUGCCAAAAAUAAGCAAACAAAACUUAAUUCUUGACAAUGCCUUAUUUUUAAUGAUCUGCUCUGUCUUAUAGUUAAAGUCCAAGAGCUUGGUUAAACUAUGUUAUUUGCCUAAGUAAAAAGGAAAACUUGAACUGCAUUUCAAUAUUGACAUUCUUAAAAUGAGAGACACUGUCAAGUAAUUUAAUCCAGAGAUCAGCCACCAGAUUUGAAGUGUGUGUAUGUGCGUGUGUGUAUUGUUACUCAUGUUUCUUUUUUCUUUUAAAUCACUGAGUCUUUUUUUAAGCUAUUUUUUUAAUUUGUGCCUCCUAUUUAUCAUGCUGAUGUUAGAAGCAGCAGUCAUCCAGCCAUAGAGGGAGCUAAAGUUAACUAACCAGAACUGUAGAAAUCAUAAUACAUGCCUUUGACAACAAAGGAAGUUCAUAAGGAAAGCCAUGCUGGCUUUUCCUCUACUACAUACAGAUUGGAGGUACAUGAAUAUUUGCCAAAUGGAAAAAAAAAAAAAGAGAGACAAUGCUAGUCAGAAAUGACAAACUGUUUUCCAGCUUCACAAAAGCCAUGGAAAGUAAAAACCAAAACCAACAGAAAUUUUAAAACUUUGAAAGUUUCACUUUCUAGUGGUCCCAUGCAGGGGUUAAAAUUUGACUCAAUAUGGAAAGUAUAUUGUUUUGUUAUUGUUUUUAGGCCUUCAUAUCUACCAAUGGAUAGUCUGAUAUUUCAGGUAAUGGAGAAAGCUGCUAAUAAUUUUAGCCCCUGCCUAAAGAAGACAUUAUUUCAUUUGGGAGCAAAUACUUAUUGCCUUGAAAAAUAGCACUGUAAUAGCCUAUGAUAAUUAGUUGUAGAAUAACCUUUAUCCCUUUCAAACUAUGCAAAUUAUUAAAUGUAAAUUAAAAUUAAAUUAAAAAUAGUUCAUUAUAUUGCAAUCAGAUGACAUUCACAAAAGUAACUGGAGCAUAAACAAAAUAUAUUAGUUUCAGAGUUUUUAUGCUAAUAAAAAUAUAACAGCUACCUAGUCUAAAAAUGGUGAAUAUUAAUACUGUAUGAUAGAACUGGGAAGACUGCCUCCCUUUUUGAAAAGAGAGAUUGAGGAUUUUUAUAAUUGUUUUUCAUCAAAUUUUAAUAUUUUUGUCAAAUUUUAGGAUUUAAUUUGUAAAACAGUUUGCUUUGUACUGGCAUAUAGAAAAUAGGGUAUUGGUUUUAAAUUUUUUGAAGCCAAGUGAUCAAGUACAUUUGUAAUAAAAGUCAAUGGAUCUAUA